CUGAAUGACAGUAGCGUUGCGCCGCUUGUCAACAAUCUCAACUGUUUUACAGCCGGUGUCCACAGUGUUUGCGUGAGACAGUGUCCCCGGAAUGGACAGGUGAUUUCAUUUGAGUUUUUUCUGAAAUAAGGAAGCAGCUGCCAAACCCAAAAUGAGCGAUGUUGUGGAAAAGACGCUGACAGCUCUGCCUAGCCUCUUGUCUUUGGAUUCUCAGCCUGGAGCUGCAAAACUCUCCUCCACCUCCAAACUAGGGAACCUCAUCAGAGGAAUCACUGAGCUCACCUCCAAACAUGAGGAAGAGAAGCUUAUUCAUCGUGAACUAGCGUCUAUCAAAGAGCAGGUGUCGUCACCCAACACCUCCAUGAGGCAGAUGAAGGAGCUAAUGGUGCGAGCGAUCUACUGUGAAAGUCUGGGCUAUGAAGCUUCUUUCAGCUACAUUCAUGCCAUCAAACUGGCUCAGCAAGGCACCGGUCUGGAGAAAAGAGUUGGUUACCUCGCUGUGUCACUAUUUCUAAAUGAAAAUCAUGAGUUGCUGCUUCUUCUUGUCAACACUGUAUUGAAGGAUCUUCAGAGCACAAAUCUUAUUGAAGUGUGCAUGGCUCUGACUGUUGUCAGCCAAAUGUUCCCCAAAGAUAUGAUUCCUGCCAUCCUUCCUCUGGUGGAGGAAAAGCUUAAUCACCCAAAAGAAAUCAUUCGGAGAAAAGCAGUCCUGGCACUGUACAAAUUCUACCUAAUAGCACCAAAUCAAGUUCAGCACAUCCACAAUAAGUUUCGAAAAGCUCUGUGUGACAAGGAUCCUGGUGUGAUGACAGCUUCGCUACACAUCUACUUACAAAUGAUCCAGGAGAAUGCAGAAGGUUAUAAGGACUUAACAGCAAGUUUUGUCAGCAUAUUAAAGCAGGUGGUGGGUGGGAAGCUGCCCAUAGAUUUUAACUAUCACAGUGUUCCGGCUCCAUGGCUACAAAUCCAGCUUAUCAGAAUACUGUCCUUACUUGGGAAAAAUGACCAGAGAACAAGUGAGAUCAUGUAUGAAGUCCUCGACGAGUCUUUACGAAGAGCUGAGAUGAAUCAUAACAUCACCUAUGCAAUAUUGUACGAAUGUGUGAAAUGUAUUUACACAAUUCAUCCCAAAUCGGAUCUUUUGGAAAAAGCUGCAAAGUGCAUUGGCAACUUUGUCCUGUCACCGAAGAUAAAUCUCAAAUAUCUAGGCUUGAAGGCGCUUACUUACGUGAUCCAGCAGGAUCCUAAACUGGCCCUGCAGCAUCAGAUGACCAUCAUCGAGUGUCUGGAUCAUCCUGACCUCAUCAUCAAGCGUGAGACGCUGGAGUUGCUGUUUCGGAUCACGAACACCCAGAAUGUUGUGGUCAUUGUCGAGAAGAUGCUGGAGUUUCUGCGCAUGAGUACAGAUGACUACACGACCAUUGACCUGGUGGGGAAGGUGGCAGAACUGGCAGAGAAAUAUGCACCUGAUAACGAAUGGUUCAUUGAGACCAUGAACACGGUGUUUUCAUUGAGUGGAGACACGAUGCAGCCUGACAUCCCAAACAGUUUCCUUAAGCUGCUGUCAGAGGGAUUUGAAAGUGUGGAGGAGGACAGGAAGCUGAGGCUGUUCGCUGUGGAUUCAUAUGUUACUCUGCUGAAAGGAGAGACUGGAAAGCUGCCACAGUUCUUCCUCCAAGUCAUUAGUUGGGUCCUCGGUGAAUAUUCUCAUCUGAGUGAAGAACUGAAACCGGCCACAGUCCUCGAGCUGCUGCAGAAGCUGUUGGACAGAAAGCAAACCAGCAGUGAAACCAAGAGCUGGGCCCUGAUGGCAAUGACCAAGCUCUGUGAGGGCAGAGCCGGUGUUUCUGUCGCUCAGCAGGUUUCUGAAACGUACAUCAGCUCAAUGGACACAGUGCUGAGACAGAGGGCUCAGGAGCUGCAGCAUCUCAGCCAAGACUCUGAACUACGAGCCAGAGUGCUACCUCGAGACGCUGACCUGGAACCUCUAGAGGUGGAUUCCUCUCUUUCAUUUUUGGACGGAUUUGUGUCGGAGGCGUUGGCAGCUGGCGCUGCUCCAUAUAAGCCUCCCCAUCAACGGCAGGAGGAACUUUCUCAGGCAAAAGUGUUGAGCCUGGAGCCAUACGGCCUGUCCCUGCCCAUCAGCAUGUCCUCCUGCAGCAUUGCCGACAGACAGUCUCCUACGCUGUUGUCCAUGAGCUCCGGUUUGUCAGGAGACAGUACUGACCUCUCCCACAAAGGAGGCUCUACGACGCUGAAGUUCGAGGGAGUCAAGCGGGUGUGGGGGAAGGAGGGAUAUCUGGCACAGAAGGAAUCUGUGGAGGAAGCCGUCCAGGUGGAGGCUCCCAGUCCUCUCCGGUCAACCAGUCAGCAGGCAGAGGUUGUUGGCUCGCACAGCCAGACUCCAACUCUGACACCAACACCUGAGCCUGAACAAGAGAAACAGCAGCUGGCUUCUUCUCUAUUUUUUGGCAUCAGUUCACAAAGCUCUGUGUGUCUGAUGGGAAAAUCUGGGCCGACACCUCAGCGAUUCAGAAGAAAAGCAAAAGGUCAGAGCUCAUCCUCCGGUGCCACUGAGCAAAUGUCCAACUCUGUUGUCUUUACUUCGACCACUGUAGACAACCUGUUGUGUAACAAUCCACCGGACUCAACCAUCACCUCAGAGGUGGACGUGUCCUCAUCCAAACACACGUCCGAACUCCCUCAGGGCCUCACUGCUGCUAACGGCACCUGUGACAUAGAAGCUGAGUUAACCGACAGUGACUUAAAGGGAAGUAGCCCCCCCCUCAGUGGAGAUAAUGGUUUGGAAAAUGCCGAUCCUGAUCCACAUGAAAACCUAGACAAACCUCAAGGCGUAUGUCUCAGUUCUCACCUGCCAGCUGAGCUUUCUGGACUCUGCCGUUCAGAAAUCACACCCCUGUGCACCCUUCAAAAUCUGGAUCUCUCAGCCUGUCAUGUACACAGAGAAGAUACCAUAGUGUUAGUCGUUUUCAUUACCAACUCCUCUGACUCGGCCGUUCAACACAUACGGCUAGAUCUUGACUCCGAACUACUAGAGGUGUCCUGUGUGUCUGAAAGUCCAGCGAAGGAUGUGAGAAGUGUCGCAGUGUACCUGUAUUCUCUGACCGUGAGGAGGCCUGCUGUUCAUGUUGAAUUAGCAGGGACAGUAUCUUACCAGGUGCCUGUUGGAACGCCUCAGACUGCGCAGUUCUCAUACAAACUCCCCCUCACUGCAUUCAUCAGGCCGUUGACGGUGUCCACAGAGGAGUAUGGAACAAUGUGGCUGGCCUUCUCUCAUGAUACGAAGCAGAAUCUGACUCUGAUAAAUGAUGGUCAAGAACCUCUGGUCGCCACUCUCAAUGUGUUGAGGAAGAAACUUCAGCUUCAUGUCGUGGAAGUUAUAGGCGUGGAAGGAAUUUUAGCUUGCAAGCUCCUGCAGGAUCAGCCUUGUCUGAUGCAUUUUCGCGUGCACGAGGGUGCACUGGCUGUGUGGCUGCGCUCUCCAGUCCCCGACCUGCCCGACUGCCUCAUCUACCACUGCCAGCGAGCUUUACAGGAGCACUGAGCUACGGCUGCACCACUGCAGUGACACCAGUGAGCAACCAGACCCUGAACCACUGAAGAGGAAGUCACACAGAGCUGGAGAGCAAGGACACAAAGGGAAACAGUUGAUGUUCGACAUUAUCAUCCCACAUCUCUUUCCUCUUCCACUAUUAGCUACGCAGCAGGAUUUGAUUGUCCAUCAGUCAGUGGUUUUAUUGAUAGUCUAAUGAACAUAUCACAGAAUCACAACAGUUUUAAUCAUGGCAGGUCAUAAUCUCAGCGGGGAAAGAGUUUCAUUAACCGUGAUAGUAAAACAGUGUUUGUUGUUUCCCAAGAAACACUAAUGUCUUUGGAUGAUGACAGGGCUCCAGAAUAACUUGAAACCUUUCAUGCCGACAAUAUUGUUGACUGACAUACAGUAAAGACCGAGCAUGUAAAUGUAAGUAUAAAGGAUGAAAUCAUGACAUGUCAUUAGUGCCUUCGGUAUAAAUGCUACACAAUAAGAGAAAUACCAUGAAAUACCAUUAAAAACCACUUGGUUUUUAAUGAGAAAAAGGGCAUAUAGGGUCAAUUUUACAUUCGGUACUGUUACUGCUGACUAAACCUUUCUUUUUCUUUCUUGUUCUUGUCGAGCAAUCCUGUUUAAAAUACACUGACACUAAAACUGGAUUUAUUAGGUUUUAGGAGUAGGAAUAUCUUGUAUUGUACAAAUAUAGGAUAAUUUGAAGCAAUACACCACCAGUGGCCCUGUGAGGGACUGAAUGAAUGAACGGACACCAUCAGUAAUGCAGUUUUGUUUUUAAGGGGAUGCUGUUUGCCUCCUUGUUUGUCUUAAAGAUGGUGAUGACAUUAAUCCCCAGCUGUAGCCGCUUCACUCAUUCAUAUUUCUUCUUAAACACUGUUCUGAGGAUGUCGCUCUAUACGAUGUCCAUAUCCUCCAUUCAUCACUGAGGUGUUUUGUCGAUGCUGUCCUCAAUUGUGAUCGUCUAUGCACUCGUGUUUCUAGUUUGUUUCAGUUGUCAGUGAGAGUUGUUUUUAUUGUUGUUAUCCUUAUUAUUAUUGUUAUAUUUUUCUAUCAAUGCAGUAUUGCAAACAUAUUUAUCAGAUUUAUAUUCUUACAGAAAAUAUUUUAUAUAAAUUGAUUUGAAAGAAAUCGCUGUGCUUCACAUACUGUUUUGACUGCGCUGCACCAGUUUUCAGUUUGGAUAACAUGUCUCAUCCUGUUCUAUUUCAUUUAUCCCAAAGGGAAAGUUUACCGUCACCUUUUUUUUUGCGUCUGAAAUGCUACUUUAACUGAAGGCCUUAUGUUUUAAUGCUAAUAUGGCAUGUUUGAUUUGUGCCUGUGGUACAGAAAGAAAUGGAAUUGUUUCUUUGAGUGCCUGACGCUACAUUCUAGUAAGCUUUCAAUAAACUCAACACAUGCAAUUCAA